AAAGCGUUUCCAUGUGGAGCUUCACUUUCUCUCACACCGCCUCUCUUUUCCAAAUUUGGCCAAGGGUUUCCAUUUUCCUUUUAUUUUCCAGAUAUUUUUCUUCUGUUUGAUCACCACAAUCUGCUAAUGGAAGGAGAUUUUAACUCGGAGACUCAGCAUCGGCCUCCGCUGCCUCCGGCGCUCGAUAGAGUUUGCGACCGCCGCUCGAACUCGGAUGCAUCGUCCUUGCCCGUUGAGAAUUGCGAGGAUCCCGUUCGCCAUUCGAGGAAUGUGACGCCGGAUGAAAGCACAGCAUGGACAAAUGAGAAACACAAUUCCUAUCUGUAUCAUUUGGAAAUGUCAUUUGUUGAACAGCUGUACCAAUCAAAAUCUGUGCUUGCACGAUGCUCAGGGCACAACUUGAGAGACAUACAUAUAUCUCGGAAGCAUUUGACUAAUGCUUCUGAUCAGUAUGAUGUUUCACGCAAUAGAUGUUGGCAAAAGAGUAAGCAUGCAGCGGGUGGGCCUACUCACAGCAGUACUCACCAUUCGAAGCAUGGAGAUGUGCAUUACCAUCCAUCACUAAGUAAAGUGCCCACACCCGUGAAGCUUAUUAGGACAAGGAAACAAGGGGAAGGGAUGAUAUCUCAUGGAACACAAACAUGUUCACAGGACAUAAUUGACUCAAAUAGAGAUGAACUUUCUCGAAACUAGAUUUUGCGAAAUUCUGAAAAGUGACCAAAUUUCUCAAGUAUUAACUCUACUAUAACAGAAUCCUCUGACCCUCAUGUACAAUUGGUAAGUACUUGUUAUUUUGUUUGGUGCGGAAAGUAAUAUAAACCGUAAGUGAUAUAGCUUUUACCAGAACACAUUAGAGAAAUGUUGAAUCGGCCUUUUACCAUUUUUAUGCUAUCAAGGUUUAGAAAUUGCAGGUUCCGAAAAUGCUGUAGCUCUAUCUUUGAAAUGUUUAAUGGAGUGAGUGCUAGUUAUUUCGUGUACAAUCUCCAAAUUUUUUUGUAAAUGUUAAAACAUUUAGGGUCAGUGGUAUGUUGCAUGAUAGUGGCAUUUUAGCAUUUGCUUUCUCUGCUUUGACUUAACCACACGCACUAGAUUCUAAAGAUUCUGAUUUUUAUUUGUUCCCUCACGGUUAGAGUAGAGAAAGGGCCAUUUGACUGUUUCACAAUGUUCAUGCUAUUAGGCUCUAGACAUAACAAGUUCUUAAAAUAGUGUUGACUUUUUGGGAACUUUUAAUUGAACGGGUGAUAGUUAUUCUAUUUACAACUUAAGAGUUCUAUUGUAUACGUUAAAAGUUAUAGUUAAUAUUGUAUGAUCACAUUGUCUGUAAUUGGUUUCUAUGCUUUAAACAAACCAUGUGUAGAUUCCAAAAUUUUUACUUGUAGUUGUUCUGUGUUUGGAAAAAAGAGAAGGGAGAGUGACCUGCUGCACUGAAACGGUUAAAAGUUGCAUCCUUUGCUUUGUACUUUGGGUAAAUCUUUGGAGUUGAACUUGUGCUUAAUGCAUCUACAUGUAAAUGUUUCUUCUCUAUAAGGAAUGAUAAUGAUGGCAUGUUUUUUUCACUUCUUAUUUACUUGAGUUGCUAAGAUGGUUAAAACAGAGAGAGAAUAGAUUUGCACAGAAUGUACUUACUUCCUAUUUCCUAACAGAAUUAGGUUUUGAUUCUUGAUCAAAAACAAAUUCAGAAGUUUGAUACAAAAAUCAUAUUUGAUCCACCUUAAAAUAAGAUCCGGUGUUCAACCUCCCCUCCCCUUCAGUUAAUUGUUUGCCUUUUGUGUGCCUGCAUAUUGAGAUGUGAGUGAGUAAAUGCUAGUAAUAGAUGGAAAGAGUUCAUAUCAGUAUGUGUAGAUCAUCCUUUUUCUUUAUUAUAUCAUCAUUUUUAUUGACAUUGUUACGUUUUUUACUUUUUU